CCACGUUCUCUCGAUCGUUGCGCGUCCGAGCUCCAGGCUCCGACUUCCUGUCUUGCGCCUGCUUCUCACUUUUGUCGUAUUAUUUCGUUUUUCCCUCGUCUGCUCCUCAUUAUUAGAUUUAGCUGUGGCCUUGGCCCACAGGCCCGCCACCGUCAUGUUUCAGCGUCUCCGCGAUGCCAUAGACUCGCGAAUUGCUGAAGAGCAGGCUCGACAGCGAUCGUCUCAGGAGUCCCUCGCUCGCUCCAACUCCGCACGCCGGCCCCCUGGCCGCAACCUGUCCCCGGGCAGACGACCGGCCAGACCCCGACGGAAUACUGGAACACCUGUGCGCGGACCGGAUCCUACUGAAUUCGAGCCUGAGUUUGCAAUCGGUGACGAUGAUUCAUCCAGCAGACCAGACACUCCUCGGCCGGAGUCGUCAGGCGCCCCUGAGAACACCCAAGGAGAGAAUGCCGAGCAGAGCCAGGGCCCAGGGGAGAACGCAACGAAUGAGAAAGAGGGAGAGCCUGAGGCAGAAUCAGUCCCAGCAGCGCCAGAACUGCCACCUGAUGUGAAAGCGAAGCUGCGAAGGCUGGCCAAAAUGGAGACGCGUUACCAGGCUUCUGAAAGCAUAUCGCUCCGCCCACUCCCGUGUCCUAUCAAUCGAACCGUUCGAGGCUGCGUUGCGAGAAAAUACGCCAUUGACGUCGAUUGCCGACCCCAAGGCUCUCAACGAAUACUUAAACCAGAUUUCGCUUAAAGGGGACCUAGUAGGGGAGGAACUCAAACGUAUAACGACUGAGAGAGACGAUUUCAAGGUUAAACUAGAGGAAGCCCAGAAGUCCGAGAAGUCCGCACGAGAUGAGCUAGACAGCCUCAAGGAAAGUGCAACCAGCGAAGGGCAACCGAAAGUUAGUGAAGAUCACAAAUGGAAC